AUGUCAACAGGUCCAGAAGACCAUGUUGGCUGGGUCGAUGAGCCCAACGCACGAGGAACAUGGGAUAUCCUCUCGACCUGCAUUUUGACUAUCGCUCUCUGCUGCUGGUCAUCUGUUUAUCCUAAUAUUCCUCGAAGGUCGGAUAAUGCAUUUAGACAAAGAGUUGGAAAGAUGAAUCUCUUCUUGAUUGGUCUUCUUGGACCGGAAUUCUUGCUAGUCAUUGCCCUUGGGCAGUGGUCAUCCGCCCGGGCUUCAUUCAAGAUAUGA